AUGACAAGCCAGGCUCAGCAUCUAACAAAAAGGACAGCUACAUCGCGAGCAACUCUUCUCGCCCAUCCACUUGUUAACAAGUUCAACUCUGCGCGAACCCAUCUUUCCGGCUCUUUCUUUCUCUCUAUCUUCUUAGUCUCCCAAUCCAAUUUUCCUUCCAUUUCCAAAGUUUUGGUCUCUUCUCUGUUUGUCCGUUCCCACACAAAAAAAACAGAAUAAUAUUUCAGUUCCGUGACUGAAAAACCAGUUGCGACCGAAAAAGUCUUAUCAAUCGCAUUCUCUCUCUCUCUCUCUCUCUUCCCACUUUUCUCAACUUUGUUGCCACACCAGAUUUUGAUACCUGAUCACAAAAGAAAGCUCGCAUCUUUUUGAAGGAGUCAAACAGAGAGUGACCUUUCCCAUCAUCAUUAUUUGUGCGCCCGUUUCCAUUACUUUGCCUACCUUUUGCUCCUCCUGGUGUUUGCUCUUUGUCUUCUUUUUCCACUUCGUUUCCUCCGCUUCUCUGCGUCUCUCUCGCUCUCGCUCCCUCUCCACGAGCUCAUUUUUCUUCGCCUUUCCCUCGUUCUUCUUCGGCUUCUUCUUCUUCUUCUUCUUCUGCUUCUUCUCUCUUCCUCCUCCGCUGCCACUGCCCCCUGUUUCCUGCUCCCGGCCCGGCACUAAACCGCUUUUCGCCACCAACUUUUUCCUCUCUUUUUCAGAGUUUUGCCAAACUCUCAUCAGAAAACAUCAUCAUAACCACGUUCUUCCUUUCGUUCGACGCGCGGCGACGGAACCCGAGGUGAGAAUCUGAAAUGCAAUUGGGAUUCAGCAGAGAAUGUUGACGUCGUCGGGGCACCGAGAGAGUUGAAAGAAGGUGAUAAGGGUGGAAACACAUGACUGUGCAUGCUUUUCGAGGUUAAUUUUAUAAGUGUGGACGCAGAUAAGAAUACAAGCAGCUGAUAAGCGCAGAAAUGGUUUUCCUCUUUCUUUUUAAAGACUUUAAAUAUGAAACGUUUUCCUGAAGAAAGCAUCGGUUCUGGAACCUUCGAAAGCCCAUUCUCACAUUCGCAAACACCCGACUUCUGAAUAAUUCACGAUUCGGCGCCUCUGACAUCAUUCCUUGCCCGGAACGCCGUUAUUUUUCCAGAUUCCCGCACUCGACGUACAUAAUGAGGUCGAACUCGUCGUCGCGUCUCUGGGUGGGUCCUCUGAUGCUCGUCAUCAUCAUUGCUCUCAUCUAUUUGCUGUCUUUGAUGCCGACGUCGCCUCCGCAUUUGGUGAGUGAGUCUGGAAAAGGAAGCGAGCGAGCGAGCGAGCUAGAGAAAUGGGAAAGCGGAAAGAACCGAAGAACUUUUUGUAGGCCAACAAUGGGAUGAUUGUGAACGACGCGCAUACGGAGUACGCGAUGAAGGGGCAAGCACAAGUGGAUUGGCAGGAGAUCUACAAGAACCAUCCAUCCAGUGGUGAGCAUCAAGAGCACGCACUUCUCGCCCCCGAUUGGGCCAAUCAUCCCAUGCUUUUUCUUCUUUCCUUUUCCUUCCCCGCCAAAUCCCAGUUGGGACCAGCAGAGACAAGAGAAAACAAAAAGUGCAUUUCAGAAGAGACGCUGGGCUUCGACCUCUGUCGACACGGCGGAAUAACGAAUGAAACGGACGGCUCGUGCGUGUGCACCAGGUGGUACGCGGGCGACAAAUGCGAGACGCCCGUCUGCAUGAACGACGGCGUCUUCAAUCAGUCGCUCGGACGCUGCGUGUGCACUUCCAACUGGGUCGGCGAGCACUGCAUCUUCCGGUGCAACUCGGGCGUCGUCAACAAAACCUCAGGCAAGUCUCUUCCCAUUCGUCCACGUUGCCAGGCUCUCGAAAUUUAUGUCUUCUAGCCUUGGUUAGCACGAAAACACACACACACACGGCUUCAUUUGAAUUGGCACGUUUUAAUUUCCGGUCUCGUGAUGAAGGCGGAAGAGAAAUUAUACUGAAAAUAGAGGAAGACGGAUGAGUAAUGGGAUUUGGAAGAAGGGUGGCAUUUGACUUGAGGAAAUUGGUUUCAAAAGGGCUUGCCCACCUGAAUUUGCAUUUGUCUAGGAAUGAAUUGAAUUAAACGACGUCAUCUGAUAGGGGCAAAUGGAAAAGAAGAAGACUUGAUUCGAUUAGUUUCAGGGCUCUGCGAGUGUCUCUUCGGACGGCCCUGCACUAUCCAAAAAUGCAUCAACGGACACUUCUUCGACGGCAAGUGCGUGUGCUAUGACGGAUUCACGGGACCCGCGUGCACGAUCUGCGACGGGACUGUGCCGAGCAUUCAGUGCGACGAGGUCAUCCGAAAGAGAGGAGCGGUCAACUCGCGGCUCACCCUCUCCGGCCUCUCUUUCUGCAUCAUCACGAUCGGAUUGCUGUGCGUGGGAGCACGUCGUCGCCGAUCCGCUAUGAAUCCGAUGGCCGAAGAGACGUGGUAUCGAGUGUUCCAUCCGAACAACAACCGGACGUUCAGGUGAGGAGAGAAGGGAAGUGGGCUCAAAGAUAUGACAUGUUUCAGAUGCAGACAUGAUUACAUGUGUGGAGGAUCGUGGGUUCCGAGGGACAGAGCACUGAUUGUGGCGCCGGGAAGAGUGUCCAUGUCGAGCACGACACCGUUAGUUAUCUCAGUUAGUUACCUUCCAAGCAUUGUUCAUUUAUUUCAGAAGAGUGCACAGACUGGCGACGCCUCCGCCCAGUUACACUUCGGUCGACGAUCUCAAUAACACAGAAGCUCAGAGUCCGCCAACGUACGAAGAAGCGACGCGUAUUGACAUUGAGAACGGAGUAGUGGAAGAAGUGGACGCUUCGGAGGAAGCAAAGGAUGAAGUGGUCGGAGAGACAAUACAGGUGCCGCCUUCCGAAGUGCCGACGACGGAACAAUCCACAGAAGUGGUGGAUCAGUCGCCUUGA